CUUUUCGGAGCCGUACCGCUUAGAACUGAUAAUAAGGAAUGAGCUUUCCAGUCCACGACCUGAAGCAGAUUUGAUACCAGGGGUAAAGACCUACAGGACAAGGAACCAUGUCGGUCAACGAGAUCAGAGCAUUAGCCCAAGCCCACCUCCAGGAGAUCGAGAAGGAGAAAGCCGCCGAGGCACAGCAGCAAGCAAAGACCGAACAAGACCUUCAAAAGUAUGCAAAGAUCAGGACUAAGGACAGACCGAGGUCAGGGAGGACGGAAGAGGCUGCCGCUGCUUCAGGGGUCGAAACGUUUGAGGAGGUCGUGGAAGGGAAGGGACCAAAGCUUCGAAGUGCUGGAGAUAUCCUAGAUCGCCUACGUUGGGAUCCGUCCAUAGAUCUCACCAACUACACCGUCAGCUAUUUGGAGCGUUUUGAAGGCAUCAAGGAGAUACCCGCGUCAUCAUGGAUCCGAGAGUCAACAGACGAAGACUUUAUUCCCAUGCACCGGAUACGAAACAUCAAGCGCACGCAGGCGGACGGACAACAAGAACUGGUUUGGGACAGAGACAGUAAGAUUGAUUUGAUAUUUGGUAGCGGGGGAAAAGUGAAGGAAAAUGGUCCACAGUAAAUACUACUUGCAACCAUUGAAAUACUACCAGACUCAAUAAACAAACAAACCCCUGAAAAACUUGGUUAUAUGACACAUUGGAUAUGUAACAAAUAGUUGGGGUAGAUAUGUGUAAAUAAGCUUAAAGAAGUGAUCCAUUGCACCUAGG